AUGGAAUACACCGAUCUAACACCCCCCGACAUCCCCGGCUGCACCUGGGACGAAAUCCACCUAGAGCCCGACUGGGCUAACACGUCCAGUCACCGGAUUGGUCUCCGUGGCCGUGAUGAUCGGUUUAUGGGGUUUACGAAUUCGGGCGAGGCGUGGCGGUAUGAUAUUGAUAAGGACGCGGAGAGGAAGUUGAGGGAGUUGAGGGAGAAGACGGAGACGGGGAAUUUGCUUACUGUUAGGGAUUUUUUGGGGGAGCAGAUGCCCUACCAUUUAGUACGCCCUGAAGUGCAUCCUAUCAACUUCCGUACAAUCGUGAAAACUACAGAAGGGUUUAUCAAGGAUGAACAGCCUUGGCCCGCAAACGUGAAGAAAUACGAAGAACAACUGCAGGAUAGGGGACAGAAAUGGGCCAAGGAAAGAGAAAGGCUGAUUACCGUAAAGACGGGCAUUCCUGAAAACCUUAUUGGCGAGCAAACGAUGCACAGGAAGCAAGCCAUUCAAGAGGAGGAAGAGUUGAGAAAAUCACAGCCCGGCGAUGGAGGUAAGCAGGGAGAAUGGCCUCUUGCCCAGCUCUUGGAGUAUGAGCGGAAAUACCUCCAUUCCCUGAAGAACAAUGACGGCCAGGGAAAGUCCCCCGUGAGCUCAAUUACUGUUCCCAGAGGAAUCGACGAGGCCUAUCAGUUUACACCUGAUAAUUGGGUUGCGCGGUAUGAACGCUUGAAUCGGUUGGCAGGCAAGCAUCCCAUGAGCGGCGAAGUGCCUAUCACCACGCUGUAUGAGGGAGGGCUCAUCACGCCCAGUGGACUGCAUUAUGUCCGUAAUCAUGGUCCUGUUCCGCAUUUGGUCUGGGAAACCCACAGGUUAGAAGUUACCGCUGGCAAGUGCGUCACGUUUUCCAUGGAUGAAUUGAAAGACAAUUUCAGCAGCAUCAACAUUCCUGUUUUAUUGGCGUGCGAAGGCAAUCGACGAAAGGAACUGACCAUGGCAAAGCGAACCAAAGGUGUUAAUUUCACCACGGCUGCAGCGUCGUGUGUCUAUUGGAAGGGUGUACUUCUUCGAGAUGUUCUCCUGGCAGCCGAUGUCCACACUAUAACAGAGGAUAAGGAGCAGUUGAAUACCCGACUCUGGAUAAACUUUGAAGGCGCAGAUGAAGCGAAUGAAGGAAACUAUGCCACCAGCAUUCCGCUAAUGUAUGCCUUGGAUGCCGUGAACGACGUGAUGCUCGCCUAUGAAAUGAACGAUGCACCCCUACCAGCUGACAACGGAUACCCGCUCCGGCUCAUAAUUCCAGGCUGGGUGGGUGGACGAUGCGUCAAGUGGUUGUCGAGAAUAUGGGUGACGGAUUAUGAAAAUGAGAGCUACUACCAUCUCUAUGAUAACCGGUUGCUGCCUGGUUUUGUCACUGACACGACUACGGAUGUCGCUAAUGCCAUGUUCAAAAUCCCAAGCACACUCUGCAACGAGCAGAUGUUGAACUCGGUCAUUACGAAGCCCGAGCAAGGCGAGAAGCUCUCCGUGGCAGACAUAAAGAGUGAAAAGGUAAAGACAUAUCGGAUCGAAGGGUAUGCGUAUGCCGGCAAUGGAAACCAGAUUCAAAGAGUGGAGAUUUCUCUUGACAACGGAAAAUAUUGGAUAUAUUGUAUUCGCAUGUAUCCUGACCGGCCGAUUCGACAUGGGUACAAGUUCUGGACCUGGAUCCACUGGUAUGCUGAUAUCGAUGCCUCUCGGCUUUUGGAUACAGAGAAAAUCAUGGUGCGCUGUUACGAUGCUUUCCAGAACACGCAACCAGAGAACCCACAGUGGAACAUCCUAGGAGUGAUGAAUAACUGCUGGUAUACGGUGAAGCCGGAUAUUGUGAAAGACCCAGAGAGUACUGCGGCACACCUCACUUUCCGUCAUCCCUGCGAACAGGGAGGAGGAACAGAAGGAUGGAUGGUGGGACCACCUGAAGGUGUACUGGAGGAUGCGGACGACCAAGCAGUUUAUGAUAAGCUAUUCACCCGUGAGGAGAUCGAGAAGCAUUAUACUGAGGACGAUGCCUGGCUUGUCAUCCACGGAAAGGUAUACAAUGCGAGCAAAGUGCUCGACACGCAUCCUGGUGGUAGAGCAACAAUCAUGGCGCAUGCUGGACGAGUGCACCUUGAUACAACGGAGGAGUUUGACGCUAUUCAUGACGAAUGGGGAUAUACCAAAUUGAGAACUUGUCUCAUCGGAAGGGUAACCGAAAAAGCAAUGGGUUUCAUGAAGAGAGAGGCCGAGAUGAAGGCCAAACAGCAUCUCGAGAACGUCAAACAUGAUCCUGAAAUGGCAUUGACACGUAACAAGUACUCUCAAGCGAAAUUGGUGAAGAAGCAGACAGUUUCCGAAGAUGUUAAUCGCUAUACCUUCAAGCUUCCAUCAAGCGCAGGCAAGUUUGGCUUGGAGAUCGGUCAGCACGUGCAGAUAGGAUUCCACUUCGCAGAUCGAAUCCUGCUUCGCCCUCUCACGCCCGUCCGACCUAUCUUCGACAGCGAAUACGACGGGACCUUCGAUCUUGUCGUCAAAACACACUAUGCAGACAGCAACCAGCCCGGUGGAACACUAACCAACAUCCUCGAUUCCCUCCGAAUGGGCGAAGAGAUCGAAAUCAAGGGUCCAUCCGGUUCAAUCCGCUACCAAGGCGGUGGUGCAUUCAACAUCGACGAGCGCCAGUACAAGUUCGACCGUCUCCUGUUCAUCGUCGGAGGAACCGGCGUUCUCCCAGGAUUCCAAGUCUUGGCCCGUGUUCUGAGAUCCACAGACGAAGCCAAGAUCAAAUUCAUCGACGUUAACAAAUCAGAAGAUGAUAUCCUGCUCCGGACAGAACUGGACGAGUUUUCUCGCGAUUAUCCGGACCAGGUCCAAAUCACCCACUUGCUGUCUCGUCCUAGCAAAAAAUGGCAGGGCGAGAAGGGUCAUCUGGACAAAGAGAAGAUCCUGCGGUAUGGAUAUGAGCCUGAUGAGAAGACGGGGGCUUUUGUGUGUGGACCUCCGGCACUCACUGAGCAAACGGUGAUGCCAACUUUGACGGAAUGGGGAUAUGACCACCAGACGAAUCUUUUUGGGUUCUAA